AUGAGCUCGCCCGUCCACCUCCCAAGUUGUGUCAAAAUGUCGACAGUUGAGAAUCAAAAACCUGGCGGCCCACUUGAAGUUGAGCAUGACGAAAAGUCGGUCAAAGGCGAGCCUAUCACCUCAGGCGACUAUUCUGGUGCGGCAGAGAAAACUGAUCCAGUCGAGAUUGCUCUCGUCCGUAAGCUUGACAGAAGAAUUAUGCCGAUCCUUUGGGCCAUGUACUUCCUAAACUAUCUCGACCGAAAUGCUCUACCACAAGCCCGUCUUAAUACCCUUGAGGAGGACCUGAACCUCAAAGGCGUCGAAUACAACACUGCGAUCUCGAUCCUUUUCGUGGGGUACCUUCUCAUGCAAGUUCCUUCAAAUAUGUUUUUGACCCGUACGAGGCCAUCUAUAUACAUGUCUAUCUGCAUGAUUGGAUGGGCUGCCAUUUCAGCUGCUACUGCUGGUGUCAAGAAUUACUCAGGCCUCGUUGCUUGUCGCUUCUUUCUUGGCUUCGUCGAAGCCCCAUUUUAUCCAGGAGCGCUCUAUCUUCUGUCGAUCUUCUAUACCCGAAAGGAACUCGCAACUAGGAUUUCCCUCCUGUAUACGGGGCAAGUUGUCAGCACUGGUUGCUCUGGUCUGAUUGCUGCCGCAACUUUCGCCACAAUGGAUAAGGUCAAAGGAAUUGCUGGCUGGCAAUGGCUCUUCAUCAUUGAAGGUUCCGUUACCGCUCUAGUCGCCAUCUUUGGCUUUUUCCUUCUACCCGACGACCCCUCUGAGACCCGCUGGCUUACUGAGGAGGAACGCAAGCUAGCUGUUGAGCGAAUCCGUCGUGACACUGUUGGCCAACAGGAACGUGGCUCGACUUGGGAUGGCUUGAAGCAAGCCUGCAAAGAUCCCAAGACUUGGCUUUUUUGCCUUAUGCAAAAUACGCACAUAUCUGCCUGCUCUUUCAACAAUUUCUUCCCCACCAUUGUUCGCAGCAUGGGCUUUCGUUCAACGACCGCUCUUUUGCUCACCGCCCCGCCUUACUUCGUUUCCGGUUUCCUGGGCAUUCCAUUCGCUUGGUCUAGUGGCAAGUUUAACGAGAGGACUUGGCACGUCACUGCUGGCUUGAGUUUGGCCAUUGUCGGUUUUGCGAUGACUUGCGGAACUACCAACAACGCCGUACGCUAUACCGCUACCUUUCUCUAUGCCACAGGCGCGUACAGUAAGUUAUUUUCCCCAAGCAGUUUUCUGGUAUAUUGGAUACUGACCCAAAACCCAGGUGUUGGCUCGGUAAUCCUGGGCUGGGUCAGCAACACCCUCUCCCAGACCCCUGAGAAGAAAGCUGUUGCAUACUCGCUGGUAAACGUGACGGCGAACCUUGCGUAUAUCUACUGUGCCUAUCUCUGGCCCAGCUCCGACGGGCCUCAAUACAUGAUGGGUUUCUCUAGCAUGAUUGGGUUUGCUGCCGUCAGCAUCAUGUGCGCCUGGGCCAUGAGGUUUUGGUUGAUGAAGAUCAAUAAGAAGAUCCGGGAGACCGACGACGAGAGUGUGAAGUUGUAUGCCUAUUAA